CCUCCAAAUCUGCCAUGCGUAUCUCAUUUCCAGCUGAUGUAACUCUCCAAAUGCCACGUGUCCUAAAAAUUACCGCUGUGUCAUCACCUCAUUUAUCAGUCACCUAUACAUAUACACAUUGUUUUGCAUUUAUUUCUCACGAAUAAUUCGAAUAAUCUGUCAACGAAAACGGGCUAUCUAGCCUGCAAAAAUGAGUCAAGAACAACCAAGAAGGCCUCAGGCGGCGGAGCAAGAACCUCUCAAAUAUGGAGACGUUUUUCAAGUUUCCGGCGAGCUAGCAAGCAAGCCAGUUGCGCCUGAAGAUGCCACCAUGAUGCAGUCUGCUGAAACUACCGUAUUCGGUCAGACCCAGAAGGGUGUUACGGCCGCCGUCAUGCACUCUGCUGCCGCCUGUAAUCAAAGGGCUGGUAUUGUUGACCACCGCGAUGUCACCGACAUCGCCGGACAGGAAGGUGUCGCUGUUACAGAAACUGAUCUUCCUGGAACUCGUAUAAUCACUGAAUCAGUCGCCGGACAGGUUGUCGGACAAUAUGUUCAAUCUACGCCACUAGUACAAAUGGCAACAUCAAGAGAAGUCCAGUCCGUAAUAACCAUAGGAGAUGCCCUCGAAGCCUCAGCACAAACUGCGGGGGAUAAACCGGUGGAUCACGGCGAUGCCGCCGCAAUACAGGCGGCAGAAUGUAGAGCAACGGGUUCUAACAUCAUAACUCCGGGAGGCAUCGCGGCCACUGCCCAAUCUGCCGCAGCUUACAAUGAUGGAUUGAUUGGGGAUAAAGGCAAAAUCAAACUCAAAGAUGUUUUAACGGGAGCGAAGCAAAAUCUGCCGGCGGAUAAGGCUGCAACGAGGGAAGAUGCAGAAGGGAUUUUGAGUGCAGAGCUUCGGAAUGAUCCUAGUUUAACUGCGCAUCCUGGUGGAGUUGCAGCGUCGGUGGCGGCGGCCGCCAGGGUCAACGAAAAGGGUUCUGCGCAUUUAGGUAGCUAGUGCGGGCUUUUGAGGUCAGUGAGGGUCUUGUAGAAGAUGGUGUGGUAUGUUUGUACUUUUGUUUUUCAGUCUUGAAGUAAGUUUAGUUUGAGUAUAUAAUGGCAAAAGUUUACUGUAUGGACAUAAAUAAAUUCAUUAUAUUAUGUUCUCUAUGUUAAUGAACUUGGAUAAAUAAGUUGAUA